AUGGAGGCCCAUCACAAUAACAACGGUUUAUCAACGUUGGAGGCUAAAGCUGGCUCUUCGAGCAACGACCACAGCAGUAAUAAUUCUUUGGAUGAUGCUGUAGGAAAGCUACUGCAAGGAUAUGAUUGGACACUACUUCCGGUGACUUCGCGCGCCGGUGGGCGAAGAAGUGCCCACGUGAAGCGUCCGAUGAACGCUUUUAUGGUGUGGGCACAAGCAGCAAGACGGAGAUUGGCCGACCAAUAUCCGCAAUUACAUAACGCCGAGUUAUCGAAGACGUUGGGAAAAUUAUGGAGGAUUCUGAGCGACGGCGAGAAGCAGCCGUUCAUCGAGGAAGCCGAGAGACUGCGGAACGCGCAUAAGAAACAGCAUCCGCACUACAAGUACCAACCUCGUCGCAGGAAGCCAAAAUCGGAUGAUCAGAUGGGUAUCAUCGUGCACAGAGGCGGGCUUUCGUCGCCGGGAACCUCCCUCGACUCCUCGGCCGGUGCAUCGGACUGCACCUACACUCGUCUGUACCCGGAAGCCGGUAUGAAGGCAUACGAUCGACCGGCGACUUACCACGAGCCAAAGUCCAGUACCUACGACCUGGCCAGACCGGUCUGGGUCAAUGAAACGGUCGCCAAGUACCCAGCUACCGAUCAUCCUAACAAGCCGACGUACGAAACGACGGCCAGGAGUUACGCCGAGGCGAAGUGCCACGAAGUCGCCAAGUAUCAUCACGAGAUGACCGGCACCAAGUACCACCACGAGAUGACCGGUACCAAGUACCAUCAUCAUCACGAGUCGACGGCGACCAAGUAUCCGGAUCUGCAGACUAAACCUUACGAUCUGCCCAAGUACCCGGAAGCUAAGGGAUAUUCGGAUGGGCUCAAGUACUCCGCGGAGAUGAGCAGUGGUGCGGCUGCUGCGGCCGCAGCCGCCGCUGCCGCUAAAGCGUCCUACACCUGUGUACAUGGACAAUAUUACCCCACCGCGGAAGGGUAUACCGUACACGGCGAAGAAAGUGACUAUCAGCCGCAGAGCGUGUCGUCGCAUCCCUCUUUUUACCCCUACAUAUCGGCGUCCAUGGCGCAACCGCCAUACUACAUGGGACCUCGAUAGAUCCCGAGUCGGUGGAGAAGAUGACGAAAUAAUCCUUAGACAUUUUUACAUGACCGAAUUAAAUUGUGCAACCAAUUCGCAAUUUUCUUACGCCAUAACUUUGUUGAAAGCGAAAUACUCAAGCGAAAUUACAGAAAUAUCUAUUCGUAAUUCAUAACGCCGUCGAUAUAUUUUUAAUCAAUCAUAUUAAUUGAGAUAAUUAUGUUAAUACGCAAUUACUAUGAUUAUAUCUCCGAGAAUAUUUGAUAACAAAUUUUGCUUUUUAUUUAGAUGAUGUCAAUUUUUAUAUUAUUAUGUUACUUUACUUAUGUUACUUAUGUCUCAGAUGACUUGCAUCAUUCAACAAAUCUUUGUUUUUAUCAAUGUGUGAUAAAAUUCUAAGAUUAAAU